AUGCUUCUUAUGAUCCUCGCUGUCAUAUUUGCUGUAACAUUUGUACCAUCGACAGAUACAUUUCAAAUUAACAAUGAAAUUGUUGGCAGUCCAGUGGUUGAUUGUGAAGACACAAUGGUUUCGUUAACAUUUGAAACAAAAAAACCGUUUACUGGUCGUAUCUAUGUGAGAGGUUUAGCUGAUGAUGAUAGAUGUUCAAGAAAUUUUGCUGAUAAUAUUGAUCAAAGCAAAUUUUCAAUGAUGGUCCAAACUGGUGACUGUACAAUGAAAAGACAGCGAGUUACUGGAACUGUUGAGGGUAUAAUGUUUUCGUUAACAAUCGUGGUAUCAUUCCACGGCACAUUUGUUACGAAGGUUGACAGAGCAUAUCGAUGUAUGUGUUUUUUCCGAAACGUUAAACAUCUAACUUCUGGUAUUGAUAUGCAACCAAUCCAGGCAACUGAGCUAAUGGAUACUGCAGAGAUGCCCAAAUGCACCUACAGUAUUCAUUCAAAUGCUCCAAAUGGUCCCCAAGUUGUUUAUGGAACCGUAGGCGAAAAAAUUUAUCAUGUAUGGGAAUGCGACAAUCAAAACUAUGGUUUUUUGGUACAUUCUUGUUUUGUCAACGACGGCAGAUCUACAAGAUUUGAUUUGCUGGAUAUUGAUGGAUGUGCAAUUGAUCCAGUGAUACAACCAGACGUCGAAUAUAGUGCUGAUUUGACCCGAGCUGUUGCUGAGACUUGGGGUUAUAAGUUUAGUGAUACUUCCGUUCUGAAUUAUCAGUGUGUGGUGGAACUUUGUAAAAAAGACACUGGCGAGUGCGAAGGCCUAACUCCACCAGCAUGCCAUAAACAACAACGUCAUGUCAGAAGUGAGCCAGCUAGAAAAUCAAAAAGAAGUGGUGACUCAAAAUGGAGCGAAUUAGAUCUUUCUGCUACAGUUCAGAUGCUUGACAGCCUAAAGGAAGACGGGUUAUAUGAUCUCGGCGAAGGAAAUGUUAUUAGAGAAGUGGAUCAGUCGCCAGGAAGUCAAGGUCUAUAG